AAAAGGUCAUACAUAUAUCUAUGCCUUUAUUCUUGUUGAUGAGCCAUAGAUGACUCAUCCAACCAAAAAGUUAAGAUCCACCAACUAAACUUUUCGUAUAAAUAUAUACGCAGAACACAUGGAUUGAUCAGGCAUUGUAACUAAGUCUGUUUGCAAGAGCAAGAAAUUUAGAGACACAAGUGUGACAUUUUAAGCCAUUCAUCAAAUAUGAAGAACCAGCUGCUUCCAGUACAUGACGUGCAGUUUCCAAUCGGCUCAGCAGCACGCCGAGCUGAGAGGUCAUCAAAAAAACUUCUAACUGGACCUGCUUGCCAGUACCAUGUUUGCUCUGCUCCUUCGAAUCAGUCUCAAAAAUUUAGACACGGUAGAUUAGAAUCGAUGAUUGAUAAGAUAAGCAAGCUUGGAGAGAAAGCAGACAAUUUUGCAAAUGACAUCCGAGAACAUGUGAGAUUAGGCCCCAAGAUAACGGAAACUGUGAAGGGGAAGUUGAGACUGGGCGCUAGAAUCAUUCAAGUAGGUGGUUUCAAAAAAGUAUUCAAACAGAAUUUUAGUGUUAGAGAAGGAGAGAAGCUGUUGAAGGCUUCCCAAUGCUAUUUAUCAACUACAGCUGGUCCUAUAGCAGGAACUCUUUUCAUCUCCACCGAGCAGAUUGGCUUUCGCAGUGAGAAAUCAAUCCUAGUUUCUUCUCCAAGUGGAGAAUUAGUUAGAAUUUAUUACAGGGUCCUGAUCCCAUUAAGAAAGAUCAAGAGAGUCGUUGAAAGUGAAAAUGUGAAGAAACCAUCGCGCAAGUACAUGGAAAUAGGUACUGUGGAUAACUUUGAGUUCUGGUUCAUGGGAUUCCUAAAUUAUCAGAAAACAUUCAAGUAUCUUCAGCAGGCAAUAAUCUCUCAAGCCAAUUGAAUUGCGAUUCACCGUACUCAAAUAUUUUUAUGUUAGGUGAACAAAAGCUAUACAGUUGCAAUUUUGUACAAAUUUUGUUACUUGGGCUUCUUUUGAUUCAAAAUUGAUUCAAAAUUGGAGCACCUCAACAACAAGUCAGCAUAGUGUUUUCAAGAAAACUUAAUUGCCAAAAGAAUAGUGACAGAUUA